GUACUAGUAACAGUUAUCUGAACACUGGAAAGAAUAUGCAAAUUCCAGAGAUGGCACUGCAGCAAGCUAUCUCAGUGUGAUUAAACCCUUUCUUGCCCGUUUGGCUACUUUUUCUAUUACUAGUUACUUACUGUUUUACUAUUGCAUUGGGUUCACGGCCGUCGACUGAUCAAAGACAAGAACGUAACUUUUUCAUUGUCUAUUUAUUUCAUAGUAGGUAAACGUUACAAAAAUAUUGUUUUGUCAGAAGCGGAUGCAAUUGCAAUACGUUAAUUGAAGAAUAAUCAAAUAACGACAUAAACAAUGGCAUGGUCAAAGUAUCAAAAGUUUCUUGCACUCAUGAUGGUUGUCACUGGAUCGAUAAAUACAUUAAGUACCAAAUGGGCUGAUCAGAUGGAUUCGAAAGGUUCAGACGGAAAUGUGAGGAAGUUCGACCAUCCAUUUUUACAGGCGGCGGCGAUGUUUCUCGGGGAGAUUCUAUGCUUGUUGACAUUCAAAUUUAUCUACUGGAGAAACAGAAAUGGAGGUGAGCAUCAGCUUAUUCAAGGAAGUCAAGAUUUCAACCCAUUUAUACUGAUGCCAGCUGCUAUGUUUGAUUUGAUUGGCACAUCGAUCAUGUACAUAGGUUUGACCUUGACUUACGUCAGCAGCUUCCAAAUGUUCAGAGGAUCUAUCAUUAUAUUUGUGGCCAUUUUGUCAACAACCUUCCUCGAGAGGAUUAUUGUCAAGAGGGAGUGGGUUGGGAUCAACACAAUUAUCCUGGGAUUAUUGAUCGUGGGGUUGACGGAUGCGAUAUACCAAUCUCCGAGUGAAGCUAAAGGGCGGAACAGCUUGAUAACCGGCGACCUCUUGAUUAUCGUUGCACAGAUUAUAUCGGCAUGUCAAAUGGUAUAUGAAGAAAAAUACGUUUCAGGAUUGAAUAUUCCACCAUUACAAGCGGUGGGAUGGGAGGGAGUCUUCGGCUUCUCUGUUCUGUCAGGGCUGCUCGUGAUCUUCUACUGGAUCCCCGCGCCUCCUCACUUUGAUCACAACGCUAGGGGGACCGUGGAAGAUGUCGUCGAUGGACUUGCUCAAAUUGGAAAUAAUCCACUAUUGUUGGUGGCCAUUUUGGGAACGAUUGUGUCAAUAGCGUUCUUCAAUUUCGCCGGUAUCAGCGUUACGAAGGAAAUGUCAGCCACGACACGAAUGGUCUUGGAUUCAGUGAGAACGCUCGUCGUCUGGAUGGCGUCCUUGGCAUUGAGCUGGCAAGUAUUCCACUGGCCACAUUUAAUUGGUUUUGCGGCAUUGAUCCUCGGCAUGUGCGAGUAUAAUGGCAUAUUGCCGAGGUUCUGGCAGAGAAGAGUUGUAGAGGAAGAUGAAAAUCAAGUCGUUAAUACCGAAGCCGACAGACUAGAAGAGGCUUAAGAGGUUAGAGUUUCUCUUUGUAACUCAUCAACUCAUAUAUGUCCAUCGUUCUAUUAUUUAUUGAAAUUAUAUACCUACGGGCUGACUAUAUUAUAUUUCUUUUUAAUCUAAGACUGGGGCGAUAAAAUUGUACUUUUAAGAAAUAAAAUGUAUACAGAAGCUCAAGUUAAGACGGUUUAGUUUAAACAUAAUAUGCAAAUUUUCGUUUAAUUUCUCAGACAAUGAGAAACUUGGGAAAAUAACAUUGUGGUUUCUUCACAAUACAAUUAAAUAUGCUAUUUGUUCAAUCAUGUGCAGAUAAAGUAAAUCAUAAUAUUUAAAUUAGUAAUCAUGACUCCCCAUUUUAGUAUUUAUUAUGUUAAAUGGUGACACGGUAGUUAUUUAUUUUAUUUAUUUAUUUAAAAACUUUUUGCCCACCACAUUGAGUAGUAUGACAAAAGGCGGACUUAAUACCUAAAGACAUUCUCUACCAGUCAACCUUUAGGCUAAGCGGAAAUUCGUGAAGGCGGUAAUUAAUAGUCGAAAAUAUACAUACAUACAAAUAUAACAACAACAAAGAAUAUAUGAAUAAUAUAUACGUAUAUAUAUAUACUAUAUACACAUUGUGGCGAGUGCACAAUGCGUCUAAACGCAGCACAAACAUCACCUGAUCAACUACGUCAUUGAUCAGGUGAUGUUGCAGUGGUCUGAUGUAUGUCGUCACACGUAUGGAUACGCCCCUUCGGCAAUAUGGUCGCAUGCGCAUCUAUUGUCCUCGCAGCGACGUCACACGCUUGACCACACCCCCAGCAAGAUGGCCGCAUGCAUCGCUUUUGUUUUCGCCUAGGAGGAGGUCCCAAAAGUGGCAAGCACGCGUGGUGGUCACCGUGAGAGGGGAAUGCCUAUAUAAGCGCUGUUGUUGUUGUUUAUUUUUAUUUAAUUAUUUCAAUUAUUUUUACUGUACGCUCUAAUGUAAACAUUGUUGACUUGUCACAAUAAAUAACUCUUAGUCUGCCGGAGUUUUUAAUUGAUGGUUAAGCUACGACUCUCUUCACUGGUGACCCCGACGUGAUAAUGGAGCGUCCGGCAUUGACAUCUUGAAAGGUCUUCUUCUUCGUCGUGCUUCAAAUUACAUAUGAAUAUGUAUUAUAGAUGUCAAAGAUGAAGAGAACUUGAAAGAGACUUGAAAGUAGGUUUUGAGGUGGCUUUCCUUAUAUGCUCAGGUACUUUGUUCCAUAAUCGGACAGCUUGAACGGAGUAAGAAUUAGAAAUGAAACCAGAAGUGUGAAUAGGAACAGAAAGAAGGUAAGAAUCGUUGGAGCUGACGACUGUGAUUAUCGCACAAAAAUUUGAACCUCCCUUUCAAAUAAUCAGGAGAGAGAGGGUCAAAGAGAAUAGAGAAAAGAGAAGACAGUAAUCGGAAGUUUCUACGUUGUCGAAUAGUAAACCAUUUUAAUUUAUCACGAUACUGAGAAAUAUGAUCGAACUUACGAAGACGGAAGAUGAAACGAGUUAUUUAAGAGACGGUCAAGUUUAUUCAUUUCAUACGUCUGCAAAUUCAAUUAUGGGAAAGACCAAAAGUUGCACAAGUAAUAUCUUAGUCUUGAUGGGAAGGAAAUUUCAAAGUCGAUUGAGACACCUUAACGUGGCUGUGACUGAGCGGCUGAUUUCAGAGAUAUGCACGGACCAGCUUAAUGUGGAAUCAAUAUGAAGACCAAGGUCUUUUACAUGAUGGCGGUAAGGAAUAUCGAUGUCAUUGAAUAGAACGGGAGGCAAAGAUGUUAAGCCCACAUUAGUGACAAGGCGUGAGCUACCAAUGACGACCGCCUGACACUUAGACGGAUUGACCUUUAUUCCAAAUUUUUGAGACCAAGUAUUUACACUAGCCAGAUUGUUAAUAAUAGUUGCAACAGCAUCAUUUAUGUCAUCCAGUCUAGUUUGUCAAUAGAGCUGCAAGUCGUCGGCGUAAAAAUGAUAAGAGCAGUUGAUGUAAGUUGUAAGGAGAUUAAUAAAUAGAGAGGAGAUAAAAUACCACCCUGCGGCACGCCAGUUUGAAGAACUAACCAAUCAAAGAGAGAUUGAUCCAAUCUAACUGCUUACUUGCGGCCGCGAAGAUAUGAGGAAAACCACUCCAGAACUGAAGGUGAAAACUUGAGAUGCUCGAGUAUAGCAAGGACAAUAUCAUGAUCAACCAUGUUACAGGCGUUAGACCAUUCUAUUCUCCAUACCAUCCCGAACAUUCUCCGUGACCUUUAGAAGAGCGGUAGUAAUGCUAUGACUGGACCGAAAACCAGACUGAAAUGGACUAAUAAUAUUGUUGCUAUAAACAAAAGAGGUCACUUGUUUGUAAACCGAGAGUUCGAGAACUUUGGACAAGAAGGGAAGGAUAGAGAUUGGUCUAAAAUCAGUUAACUGGCUUGGGUUAGAAACUUUGGGAAGAGGAAUGACAAAAGCCUUGCGCCAAAUUACAGGAAACAUCCCGGAUGACAUGGAAAAGUUGACAAUGUGAGUGAUAGCAGGCAGUUAGAUUUGGAAUAGAGAUAAUCAUUGAUCGUUUGAUGUCAUCAAAGCCAGCAGCAUUGGGCUUAAUUGAAAAUAAAAUUUUACUAAUUUCAUCAUCAGUUACUGGAGAGAAGGCAAAGUUACUACCAGAAACAGCAGCCAUGGUUCUAAUUUCAGAAAUCGUCAUUAAUUUAAUAUCCGAGUUUAAAAGCGUAGUCGAGGAGAAAUGUUGAUUUAAAUCAUUGGGUGAAAGUGAUGAGAGAACAAUUUUUCCUUUACGCUUGUUAAGGCCCAUAGUUUGAAGGAACUUCCACACACUGGCCGUAGAAGCAUUGGAGAUAUUACUGUGACAGUAGUUAACGUUAAAAAUAUUCAAAAAUGUAAAGAGGCUUCCCAAUAACAAAGUUUGCAUAUUUCAUUGGCUAUAUAAUAUUCGUCUGAUUUGAUCUCUGUACCUAUGUAUAAUUAUAUAAUAUAAAAUAAAUAACAUUGUAUUGUUAAAUAUAUUAUAUCCAUAUGAGGGUUUUUAAGGUGCCAGGGUUAUUUGAUUUAAAGACCAACUAUGAUUACAAAUUAGCUUAAAGGAUAUCAGCAUCAUUUGAAUUAUUAUAUUAAGUUAGAUUUAGAAAUUUAUAUAAAUAUAUAUUUAAUCAUGAAUCGAUUAUAUUGACUGCGGCCAUAUAUCUUAUUAAAAAAAAAACAUUCGGCCGUGUUAGUUUUUGAUAAACUAUAUUUCGUAGCGGUUAGAUUGAAUGGAUACGCAAUAAUCUUUUAAUGAUAUGAAGGUGUUGCUCAAAGGUAAGCCCUCUGUAAUUAGUUGUACGAUAAUAUAAGACCUUAUGCUUUUAAUUUUGGUAAAGCUUAGUAUUUGUAAAUUCGAAAAAUGAUUCAGAAGUUGCUCAAUGACUUCGAAAUUCUUUAUGGUCUCUGCUAUCGUUAUAUCGUUAUUGAAUGGCGUUUCGCCCUCAUUUAAUUGAUAGAGACUACCAGCUGAUACCAUAUACACAUUGUAUUGUCCUGUGAGAGAUUGCGUUACUGAUAGGCUCAUAAUCGAAUGGACCAUGUGACAUUGAUGUAGUAAAGAAAUAAAUAUUAUGAUUUUUUGAAAGCUACACUGCUGCACUACUGAACUGUUGCUUGGUUAUGUCAACUGCUUUCCUGACGUCUGUCAGUUAAUUGUGACUCGUUAAUUGUCACUAGUGUCAGGAGCGCAUUUUUUCAACAAUCGGACUUUAGUAAUUGUGUAUCUUGUAAUUUUUUUUCUAAAUGUUCAAAUAUGUUGAUAUUCUAUCGCUAUUUAUGUAUUAUUAAUAUAAUUUUAUAAUAUAUUUAAAAUGAAAAUUAACACAUAUCGUGUUGGUUUUUAGUGUUUUGUUUCAUUUGAAAGAAAACACUAAAAACUUAUUCAUGAGUGAAUCGUGCUGAAAGAAUCAGGCUCUACUAUCUCGUUUUCACAUGUGUGGCACUGGCAGAUUUAUCACAGAUGCAAAUAUUAUUAUAAAUAAUCAUUUGUAAUAAAAGAGAUGAUUCCAAUAAAAUUUAUAUCUCAUUAUUUUUCAUAUUAAAUUAUUUAGCAAAAGUGUAUUUUUUUUAAUAUUAUUUCUUUGAUGCAUUCAUAAUAUAAAUAAAUCAUAUAAUAUGUUCUUUGCUAAUUUAUUUGAUUCGUCCAAAGAUUAUUUAAAACUUUAUAAAUAAUAAUCUAUGAAUCCAAAGGUUAUUUACAAAGCGUAUAUUUAUUUGGCAUAGAAAUACUAAUUUAUAUUGCCAGUCCAGUAUUUUUAAACAAAAUGGCGAUUAGCUUUCUCUAUAGGCUAUAAUAGUUUCAUGUCGCAUGAAAGAUUUGAUAAAAUAGACAUUUUAACUUUCAACCUUAUCUAAACCAACGAUGACAAGAUUUUUAUGAUAUUUUUUAUUAUAAUUAGUAGUUCGUGACGUCAUAAUGUUUAAAUAUAUGAUUAUUUUGAAAUAUAUAAACCCUAUUUCGUUUAUACACUGAUUGCUUAUUUAAAACAAAAAGCUUAUUAGUUCUACGUAAGGUAUGUUGCGCUAAUAUUUUUGUCAUCUUCAUGUAGUAGAUCAUUUUUGGCUAAUAUUUUCAAGAGCAGUAGAUCUGUUACUCGAGUUUUUUGAAAUUUUGAAACAAUGAAAGUAAAAAAAUCGCUACGUAUAAUAUAAAAAUUAAAAUUGUCUUCGAUACCUAAUAAAAAAUAUUCAUCGAAUUAAAUGGUGCCUUGAAGUGAUUUAAAAUGUAUUUUGUAUAAUUAUGACAAUUCUAAUAAUUAUUUAUAAAAAAGUGUAAUUUUUCUUGUAAAAAGUUGCGUUUUAAAAGCAACAAAUUAUUUACAAACAAAAAACUCUGACCCAAAUCGCGAUAUGCGAAAUAAAUAUAUAUAAAAGAAUUGCUCAUGUAAUUUUAUAAGGUAUGAUAUAUUUUAAUAAUAUAAUUUAUAUGGCAAUAGUAUUUGUAACCUUAUGAUUCAAAAUUCAAUUCAAUAAUCAUAUGACAAAGAGUCAUAUUAAUCAUAUGUGAUAUAAUAAAGACGAUUUGUAUUUUGACACAUGAAAUUCUUUAAGAUUUUAUAAUCUGUGACAAUUUUUAAAAUAAUUUUAUGUGUGAUUCAUAAAGCUGAGUGUUAAAAUUCAUGCGUAUUUCAAAUUUAUAUAUUUCAUUAAAUCAAGGUGGAAAUUAAAAUACAAUAAUUGUGAUAUUCAAGUGAGAAACUGUACAUAUCUUACAAGUUUAUUUUUGAUCGUGUCACAAUCGUAUUGACCAUUAAUCGGCACUCGGCUUAUAUGAAGAUUGUGAUAAAAAUGAAUUUCAUUCCUGUGUAUAUUUUACAAAGAGAACUUCCAAGUCGAAACUACUUUUGCUUUAUAAUCGUAAAAACCCAUUUUGGUGUAAACCCAGGGAUCACCCGGAUUCGAGGGGUAUUUCCCAAAUAUUUGCAAAAAUUAACCAAAUCUAUUAUCUAAAUUGUCUGCAAUCAAAAGUUACCUUACCCGCCUUGCCUGUUAAAAGUAGUUUUGACCGGGAAAAAAAUUCAUUUGCUGUUUUAAUGACGAUAGUGUUACCAUUAUAACAACAUUAUUUUAAUAAAUAAUUGAAUUACAAUCAA